GGAGAGGUUGACAGAGUCGCGAUCGAAAAUGUGGUUCGUGUUGUAUUUGUUUCUGGCGCUUCCCCUGCUUUUAGUGGCCUAUCUGGAGCUGAGCACGUUUCGGCGCAGAAGAGCUCUGAAUAAAUUCAAGGGUCCGAGCCGGUUACCAAUCGUGGGCAAUGCCCACCAGGCCGGCAAGAAUCCCACAGAGAUUCUCGACCAGGUAUUCUCUUGGUGGCAUCAGUAUGGCAAAGAUAACUUUCGCUUUUGGAUAGGAUCUUACUCCAAUUUGAUCAUCACCAAUCACAAGUACUUGGAGUUCAUACUCAGCAGUCAGACACUGAUUACCAAGUCCGAUAUCUAUAACCUUACCCAUCCAUGGCUGGGGCUUGGCUUGCUUACCAGCACGGGCAGCAAAUGGCACAAGCAUCGAAAGAUGAUUACGCCCUCCUUUCACUUCAACAUCCUGCAGGACUUUCACGAAGUGAUGAACGAAAACUCUACAAAGUUCAUCAAGCAGCUGAAGGAAGUGGCAGCCGGCGACAGUAUUUUUGACUUUCAGAACGAGACCCAUUACUUGACUCUGGAUGUCAUUUGCGACACUGCCAUGGGAGUGUCCGUGAACGCAAUGGAAAAUCGCAGCUCCUCCAUUGUUCAAGCUUUCAAGGACAUGUGCUACUGCAUCAACAUGAGAGCCUUUCAUCCGUUCAAACGUAAUGACCUGUUCUUUCGCUUGGCUCCCGACUAUCCAGCCUAUUGCAAGACUCUGAAGACCCUGCAGGACUUUACCAACAAUAUCAUCGAGAAGCGUAUCAACGCCCACAAAGACGGAACCGUUUCGGCAAGUCAAGGUGAUGAGUUCUCUCGCAAGAAAAUGGCCUUCCUUGACACCUUGCUGUCAUCCACGAUCGACGGUCGCCCGCUUACGACUCAGGAGCUUUACGAAGAAGUCUCUACUUUCAUGUUUGAAGGACACGACACAACCACUUCGGGAGUGUCCUUUGCUGUUUUUUUGCUCUCCAGGCACCAAGACGAGCAACGAAAACUAUUCGAUGAACAGCGCGAAGUGAUGGGUGACUCCGGAAUGGAUCGUGAUGCAACCUUCCAGGAAAUCUCUGAAAUGAAAUAUUUGGAUCUGUUCAUCAAGGAGGCACAGCGCGUGUAUCCCAGCGUACCAUUUAUUGGUCGCUAUACUGAGAAGGACUACAUUAUUGAGGGCGAUCUUGUGCCGAAAGGUACCACCCUUAAUUUGGCACUCGUCAUGCUUGGCUACAACGAUCGUGUGUUCAAGGACCCGCACAAGUUCCGUCCCGAACGAUUUGAGCUGGAGAAACCCGGUCCCUUCGAGUAUGUGCCCUUCAGUGCCGGUCCCCGCAACUGCAUUGGCCAGAAGUUCGCUCUGCUGGAGAUCAAGACGGUGGUGUCCAAAAUUAUUCGCCACUUUGAGGUGCUGCCUGCCCUGGAUGAGCUUGCCUCCAAGGAUGGUUACAUAAGUACUAGCCUAGGAUAUCCGCCUGAAGAAAGGAAGAAGCGCGACUUGCUUCGCCACAAAUACGAUCCUCUUCUCUCUGCUGUUUUGACCCUGAAGGCCGAGAAUGGUCUCUUUAUACGCCUUAAGGAAAGGCACUAGUCUCUACGGGUUAGAAUAAACGUUAUUGUUGAAUAUUA